AUGGGAGGGAACCAGUCAUGGUCCACAGAGGUCAUCUUGGUGGGAUUCCAGCUGAGUGAAGAAAUGGAGCUUUUUCUCUUCUUUAUCUUCUCCUUGUUGUACAUCUCCAACCUGCUGGCAAAUGGCACAAUCCUGGGGCUCAUUUGGCUCGACCCCAGACUGCACACCCCCAUGUACUUCUUCCUUGCUCACCUGGCCGUCAUUGACAUCUCCUACGCUUCCAGCAAUUUGCCCAAACUGCUGGAAAACCUAGUGAAACAUAAAAAAACUAUCUCCCUUGCUUCAUGUGCUAUGCAGAUGCUUUUGUAUCUGACUUUUGCUUCUACCGAGUGUCUGAUUCUGGUGGUGAUGUCCUAUGACAGGUAUGUGGCCAUCUGCCACCCCCUCCACUACACUGUCAUCAUGAACUGGAGAGUGUGCACAGUUCUGGCCAUCACUUCCUGGCUGUGUGGGUUUUCUGUAGCCCUGUCAAAUCUACUUCUGUAUCUAAGGUUGCCCUUCUGUGGGCCACUGGAGGUGAACAACUUCUUAUGUGAGAUCUUAGCUGUCCUCAAAGUGUCCUGUGGUGAUACUCGGCUCAACAAAAUGGUUGUUUUUGCUGGUGGUACAUUUGUCUUAGUUGGACCCCUUUCUUUGAUGCUGGUCUCCUACAUGCGCAUCAUCUGGGCCAUCCUGAAGAUCCCAUCUGGAGAAGGUCGCAGAAAGGCCUUUUCCACCUGCUCCUCCCACCUCUGUGUGGUUGGAUUCUACUUUGGCAUCGCCAUGAUGGUUUACUUGGUACCAGACGACGGUCACCAAGAUGAGCAGAAGAAAAUCCUUUCCCUGUUCUACACCAUCUUCAGUCCUUUGCUGAACCCUCUCAUCUAUAGUCUGAGGAAUGCUCAAGUGAAAGCUGCCUUCAGCAGAGCAUUGCAGAAACAGGGGAAAUUAUAA